AUGUUUGCGUCGCUGGUGCGGUGGUCGCGUACGACGUACCGCGGUGUGCGUGGAUCUGGUGCCGGACGCUCGGGACGCACAGAUGCGCGUUCGUCGAUGGCGUCGCGCCCAACAGAGGUGAUGGCAGCGCAUGCUGGCCAAACAUUCAAGCGGGCACAGCGAGGUCUAUACGACGGCCGCAUCAUUCAAUUUGGCAACAGUAUCCCCAAGUCCCGGCACAAGACACCACGAAGGUGGAUACCAAAUAUCCAACGUGCUACACUCUGGAGCGAGACACUACAGGAAAGCAUUAAAACGCGCGUGGCGACGUCGGCCAUGCGAUCCAUAAAGAAGCAUGGCGGGUUUGACCAGUACCUAGCUCGCACAAAAGGCACGCAUCUUGGCGAGUUCGGACGCAUGCUUCGCCUGCGUGUUGCUCGUGCUCUGCGUGAGAAGCGUUUGGCUACUCCUUAG